AGAGAAGUUAAUAAGAUAUUCGGAAUGAACAGGAUCCGAACUUUAUACUUUAUUUUUUCAGAAAAUACUUUUGUUGUUUAAGACACUGAAGUUCACGUGAGCCUCCGGCAACCUUUACGUUUGACCCGGAAGUGAACAAGGGAAGCAUCAUGGCGGAGGCGGACAGUGUGAGCGCGCGGUCAGUGGUGUCGUUUCUGCGCGACGCCGAGCUGAUUAAACAGGGCGCGGAGGCGCGCGUGUACCGGGUCCGGUUUUUAGGGCGGAGCGCAAUAGUGAAGGAGCGGUUCCGUAAACGGUACCGACACCACGUGCUGGAUGAGAAGCUCACGAGACGCCGCACGGCUCAAGAGGUCCGGUCCAUCCUGCGCUGCCGGAAAGCAGGUAUCGCAGCUCCGGUCGUCUACUUCGUGGAUCUCAGCACCAACUGCAUUUUCCUGGAGGAGAUCACUGACUCCAUCACGGUGCGUGAGCACAUCGCGGAUGCUCAGGCUAAAGGACAGUCCAUCGAGUCUCUGCACAGCCUCGCUGACAAAAUGGGCCGGAUCCUGGCCAAGAUGCACGACGAGGACGUGAUCCACGGAGACCUCACUACCUCCAACAUGCUGCUGAAGCCGGAGCUCUCUGGAGACCUCAAGCUGCUGCUCAUUGACUUUGGCCUGAGCUUCGUCUCUGCUUUACCUGAGGACAAAGGCGUGGACCUGUACGUGCUGGAGAAGGCUUUUCUCAGCACACACCCCAACACAGAGACUCUGUUCCAGAAACUUCUGCAGAGUUACACCACUGCAUCCAAAAAAGCUCCACCGGUGAUUAAAAAACUGGACGAGGUCAGACUCCGAGGCAGGAAACGGUCCAUGGUGGGAUGAGGAGAGAAGAAUGUAACGUGCUGUGGUCAUGUGACCGGUUCUGUAAAUAAAACUCUCUUUUUUGGAUGUUGA